UCUAUAUCUCCCCCCCACAUCUCUCCUCUCUAUAUCUCUCUCUCUCUUUCUCUCAUAUUUAGUGGCACACACAAAAUAUAGCAAGAAAAGUGUUAAAAUGGCUAGGAUAGAUAUGUUGGUUAAGCUAUUCAUGGGGUUUGUGUAUGUAAAUGUAAUUCUUGGCUACGUUGAGAGCUCUUACUCUGGUGUGACCGGGUAUCACGAUGCAAUACGCCGUAUGGCUUUGUUUAAGGCUGCACAUAUCAUCCGCAAUGGAGCCCCUCAACCUCAGAGCUAUUCAACACCACUGGUAGUAUCAAGAUCACGUGUUCUUCACGUGACCGAUUAUGGUGCUGAUCCUACAGGAAGAUUGGAUAGCACUGAGGCACUUGAGCAAGCUAUUUCUGAUGCCUUUGGAUCUCCAGUUGAUGCCCACUUGAUGGAGGGUAUUGCUGAUCUUGGAGGCACUGAGAUUCAUCUUGAUGGAGGGACAUACAAGAUCAGCCGUCCAUUACGUUUACCAAAAACAAGUGGCGGUAACUUCAUGAUUCAUGGAGGGUCACUUCAUGCAUCCAACAAUUUCCCGAUGGAUCGCCAUCUGAUCGAGUUGUGGCCAUCAUCAGCUUCUUUAUCGUAUGAAUAUAUUACACUCAAGGACCUUAUGAUAAACUCCAAUUUUAGAGGGGGUGGUAUUUCCAUAAUUAAUUCACUAAGAACCAUCAUAGACAAUUGUUACAUUUCACAUUUCACUACAAAUGGUAUACUAAUCCAAGAUGGGCAUGAGACCUACAUUAGAAAUUCUUUCAUUGGUCAACACAUUAACAUCGGCGGUGACCACCGUGAGAAGGACUUUUCCGGCAUCGGAAUUAACAUCAUGGGCAAUGACAAUGCGGUCACAGAUGUGGUCAUUUUCUCAGCAUCAAUAGGAGUUAUGGUAUCAGGGCAGGCCAAUGUGCUCACUGGGGUACAUUGUUAUAACAAGGCCACUGCAUUAGGUGGGACUGGCAUUUAUGUUAAGGCACCCGGUUUGACCCAAACCCGAAUUAUGAAUUGUUACUUUGAUUUCACUGGUAUUGUGGCUGAGGAUCCGGUCCAGCUCCACAUAACCGGGUCAUUCUUCCUUGGGAAUGCCUUUGUUUUGAUCAAGUCCUUGGCAGGAGUUGUGUGUGGUGUGAACAUUGUUGAUAACAUGUUCUCUGGUGAUUAUACAGGGGUUGAAAUUGUUCAAUUAGAACAAUCAAAUGUGCCAUUCACAAAUAUUGAUCAAGUAAUUGUUGAUCGAAAUAAUGUCCGAGGCAUGGUACUUAAAUCAACGGUAGCAAGAGGUUCAGUAUCGAGUAAUGGGACGACAUGGACCGUCGAUUUUUCAAGGGUCCUAUUGUUCCCAAACCUAAUAAAAAAUGUGCAAUACACAUUGCAUGCAGGUGCUACAUUUCCUAAUCAUGUGUUACGGAAUAUAUCGAAGAAUUGUGUCACGGUCGAGUCGAACGUGCCUGUAUCGGCAACAUUGCAUGUAUCAGUGGAUCAAAGCAUGGUUGGGUACAUAUGAUAUGCGACAUGGAUCUAAUUGAUCGUGUUUUUUUUUUUUUUUAAAUUUAUUCUUGUUUUUUUCUUGAUAGUUGACACAAAUGUAUG